GUUUGGCCCCAAAAUGGGUAAAUUGGAGUUGCUGCAGUGUUUAACCGGUCACAAAGGCCGCGUCUGGGGAGCUGGUUGGCAUCCGAAGGGAAACAUCCUGGCAACUUGUGGUGAAGACAAGACCAUCCGCAUCUGGGCCGAAGAUGCAAGCCAGCGCUGGGUGGCAAAAACGGUUCUAUCCGACGGUCACACCAGAACCAUUCGAGACGUUGCGUGGUCUCCGUGCGGUCAGUACCUUGCGUCGGCCAGUUUCGAUGCGACCGUUGCUAUCUGGGACAAGAAAUCAGGUGAAUUCGAGUGCAACGCAACACUGGAGGGACACGAAAAUGAGGUGAAAAGUGUUUCUUGGUCCAAAUCCGGCUCACUGCUAGCGACGAGCAGUCGAGACAAGUCCGUAUGGGUUUGGGAGGUGGCCCAGGAGGAUGAAUACGAAUGUGCAGCUGUUUUGAAUACCCACACACAGGACGUGAAGAAAGUUGAGUGGCAUCCGCAUGAGGACAUUCUCGCUUCCGCCAGUUAUGACAACACGAUCAAGUUGUACAAGGAGGAUUUGGCGGAUAGCGAUUGGAGCAGCUUCGAUACGUUGGUUUCUCACGAAUCGACAGUGUGGAGUAUUUCUUUUGAUGCAACCGGGAAGAGAUUGGCCUCGUGCAGCGAUGAUCAGACGGUGAAGAUUUGGCAGGAGUACAAGCCGGGCAACGAGUUCGGCGUCAGCUGCCCUGACAAUACACCGGUGUGGAAGUGCGUGUGCACCUUGUCCGGGUAUCACAGUCGAAGCGUUUACGACAUCAGCUGGUGCAAGCAGAGUGGUCUGCUGGCAACGGCUUGCGGCGACGAUAUGGUACGGAUAUUCAAAGAAGCGGAGGGUUCCUCGCCGAACGAGCCGACGUUUGAGAUGGUCGCUUCGAAGCAUGUCCAUUCCCAGGAUGUCAAUACGGUCGAGUGGAAUCCAACGGUAGCCGGGCUGUUGGUUACGACCAGCGACGAUGGUGAUGUGAAAUUAUGGAAAUACGAACCGGAGGAGUAACGACUGGUGUCAGGAGGUAAAAGUUGAUUUGUAUGUAAUGGGGGUCCGGUAAAUAAAUUAGUUG